AUGGUUAACAAUCAUGAAAUUGACACCAUAUUAAGCACUCUCCGCAUGGAGGCAGAUCCCUCUUUGCACCCCUUAUUCGAAGAGUUUGAGAAAUUUUAUGAGGAAAGAUUAUGGUUCCAAUUGUCCGAAUCCCUGACUAAAUUCUUUGAUGAUGCUAAAUCUACACCAUUGAGACUCAGAUUGUAUGAUAACUUUGUUUCCAAAUUCUAUGAUAAAAUCAAUCAAUUGUCUGUAGUAAAGUUUCUGCUUGCCUCUUUGAAGGAUUCUAAAGACUUCGAUGAGUCUUUAAAAUAUUUGGAUGAUUUGAAGGCUCAAUUUCAAGAACUGGACGCUAAAAAGCAGAGAAAUGAUGGAUCAAAAGAUCAUAAUGACGGUAUUUUGUUGAUAGAUAGCGAAAUUGCCAGAACAUACCUGUUAAAGAACGAUCUAGUCAAAGCAAGAGAUUUGCUAGAUGAUUUGGAAAAGACAUUGGAUAAAAAGGAUUCUAUACCAUUAAGAAUAACAAACAGCUUCUAUUCUACGAAUUCCCAGUAUUUUAAAUUCAAAAAUGAUUUCAAUUCUUUCUAUUACACAAGUCUAUUAUAUCUUUCCACAUUAGAACUAUCCACAAGCAUUACUUUAGCCGAACGUCAACAAUUAGCCUAUGAUUUGAGCAUUUCUGCAUUAUUAGGCGACAAAAUCUAUAACUUUGGCGAACUAUUACAUCAUCCAAUAAUGGACACUAUAGUCAAUGAUUCCAAUUACGAUUGGCUUUUCCAAUUAUUAAAUGCCCUAACCAUUGGUGAUUUUGAUAAAUUUGAUUCAUUGAUAAAAGUUCAAAUAUCCAAGAUCCCUAUAUUGGCACAACACGAAUCAUUUUUACGACAAAAAAUUUGCUUAAUGACAUUAAUUGAAACAGUUUUUGUCAAAAAUAUUAGGAUGCUUUCAUUUGAAGAUAUCUCAAAGGCAACGCACCUACCAAAGGAUAACGUCGAACACUUAGUUAUGAGAGCGAUAAGUUUGGGUCUAUUAAAGGGCUCUAUUGACCAAGUAAAUGAGCUGGUUACUAUCUCCUGGGUCCAACCAAGAAUCAUAAGCGGUGACCAAAUCACAAAGAUGAAAGAUAGGCUGGUUGAAUGGAAUGAUCAAGUAGAAAAACUUGGUAAGAAAAUGGAAGCUCGCGGCCAAUCCAUAUGGGUUUGA